GCUUUAAAUGAAACUAACGGGCCUAUCAUUCAGAACUCAUCUCUAAUAGUGUACAGUUGUCGAAAAACUCGGAAUUUGUUUACUUGUAGUACGCGGCAAAAACACAAAAAAGGGGGAGCAAUUAGCAAUAAGAAAAUCCUAACCAGAAAACAACUCAGCCGUAGCAUGGCGAAGUCGGUAAAAAAGAAGGUGGACAAGCAGGCCCGUAAGAAGCCGCAAGAAUCGGCGGGUACCAAACGCAGAAACGGGGCUGCCGAUGAAAAGGAUGUGGACGACAUCCCAUCAACUUCACUCCACAAUGCUGAACCUUCCAAGAAGCCGUUGCCAAAACGCAAAUCCCGCACAGUCGUUCGUUCGGGAUCAUCUUCUGAUAGCGAUGAUGCGCUCCUCAAUGCAUCGAAAAAGCGCAAGCUGGACAAGCGCAACCUGUCACCACCGAGCACUUCUGCGGCCGCCAAAAAUGGCAAGAAGCCCGUCUCCUCGGAUUCCGAGGACGAUGUCACACUGGACAAGAGUCGCCGCAAAACAAAGAACGAUUUACAAAAUGAGGUAGGCACUAACGACGACGUCCCUAAAACAUCACAUCCCAACUCUGGGAAAAAGCCGUUGCCAAAACGCAAAUCCCGCACAGCCGUUCGUUCGGGAUCAUCAUCGGAUAGCGAUGAUACAUUCCUUAGCACAUCCAAAAAAAGCAAGCGCAACUCGCUAUCGAGUACUUUGGCGGUUGCAAGAAAUGGCAAGAAGCCCGUCUCCUCGGAUUCUGAAGACGAUGACACACUGGACAAGAGCCGCCGUAAACAAAAGAAAGAUUUGGAGAACGAGAAACCGGAGGCCCAGUCCAAAGCCACGACCUCGAAAGUCGUAAAAAAGGCUCAAGCCAAAGGACGAAGUAAGAAUUCCACUGGUAAUGCAGAAGAUCCUGACCAGGAAUGGGAAGUUGACCGGAUCCUCGACUUUGUGGAUGACGAGGAUGGUGCCCGGUACAAGAUCAGAUGGAAGGGCUUUGGCCCCAAAGCCGACAGUUGGGAGCCGGCGGCAAAUAUGUCCUGUGACGCCAAGGUAGCAGCGUUUAAGCGAAAUUUGGUUGCGCAAGAGAACGUGGACAUGAAGGAGCUUCGUGAAUCGCCGAACAAGACCAGGCGUCUUGUUAACGAGUGCUUUCCCAGAAUAAAUACACAGAACUCACGCUCCUCAAAGCGCUCUGCCGCCAAGAAACGGUGCGUUUAAUAUCUCUAUAUACAAAAUAAGCGUCUUUUACGGCGAGGACUGAGGAAAGGCAGUGGCUCCUCCCCCUCAAAAUGGACAUCGGCGGAGGCGCCAAUAAAAUUAAGUGUUUUUUUCGGUUUUUUUUUUAAAACACAUACUCCCUGGCGGUGUAAGAAGGUCGAAUUGGAAAAGGAUAUAUUCUAAAAUCAAGAAUCAAAUGAUUAUCUGAACUUACAGAUAACACAGGCGAAGUCCUCACAAGAAACACAGCAGACACAAUCCAAUUGAAGCACACUCAACACAUUGAAAAAAAUUCUGAUUUAAACCAUAUGUAGCACCUUAUCAGGCGCUUGAUUGCAGCACGGUAUAUAUGUAGUAUUAUAUCUAUGUAGAUGUGCUGCAUUCAUCCAGUGUAGUAAGUAAGCAAUUUAAACCUAGACUCAGACACACAACUUGUACACCUAAGCGGAGAUUUAACAAUUUUAAACCUAAGUUUAGACCUCUGUGUAAGAGAAGUCCAACGCAAGUAUUUGCCACAGCUGCAAAUAGCCUCCGAACUAUUCUUCCCAAUCGUCUCCACUUAAUAUAAGUACGCAAUAGUGUACAUAACGUAAUUACAAAUGAAUUGGCACGGUACGCCCAAGCCUACAAUACGUAUAAUUAAUAAAUGUAAAAAAAAAGUCAAAAACAACUAAAUUAUAAACAUAUGGUGUUACUCCGGGAAUAA